AGACCAGACUUCUUCAAUUUUGGCAACAGCCUAACCGUACAAGGUGGAAUCUUGACGGUGGCAGACGAUCUGUUGAAGAAUGACGGGAAAAAGUUCAUCGAGAUGAUGGAGCAGCUGGCGGAACGCCGAAUGGCCCGCGAAGAGGAAGCCAACAGUGUCAACGGCGUGGCUCGCGACGCCAACGUUCACCACCAGCACGUUCACAAUCACACCCAGCCUUCGGACUACGACGACGAGGAGUACGACGACGAAGAGGACGAAGAUGAGGAGUACGAGGAGGACGAAGAGGAGGACGAGGAACCUGUGCGUAAUCUAUGUCUACGUGGAGGGACUACACACUAACUCGACAAUGAUGAAAGGACACCAUGACUGAGGAACAGCGCAUGGAGGAGGGACGCAGGAUGUUCCAAAUCUUCGCCGCUCGGAUGUUCGAGCAACGUGUACUCCAAGCCUAUCGGGAAAAGGUCGCCGAAGAACGACAAAAAAAGCUCCUACAGGAACUCGCCGAUGAAGACAGGCGCAAGGAGGAACGUGAGGCCAAAAAGGCUCAGGACAAGGACAAGAAGCGGGAGAAGAAACGGCAGGCGAAGCAGGCCAAGGAGGAGGAGCGUCUUCGCAAGGAGGCGGAAAAGAGGGAAGAGGAGGCCAAGCAGAAGGAACUCGAUGCCAAGAGGGCCGAAGAGCAGCGGAGACGGAGGGAUGAGCAGAGGCUGAAGCGGGAGGCCGAGAGGAAGGCUGCCGAGGAGGAGAGGCAGCGGAAGGAGGAGGAGAAGAAGAAGCGGCAGCUGGAGGAGAAGGAGAGGGAGGCUGAACGUGAGCGCAAACGGAAGGAACACCAGGAGCGCGAGCGGAAGAAGCGUGACGAGCUGGCCAAGAAGCAGAAGGAUGAGAAGGAGGCGCGGGACAAGGAACUGCGGGAGAAGCGCGAGCGCGAGGAUAGGGAAAAGCGCGAGCGUGAGGCAAAAUCCAAGAAGGAUGCUGUCGAGAAGGAGAAGAAGCGCAAAGAGGAGGAAGCAAAGGCCAGGGCCGAAGCUGCUAUUGCGGCGACCAAACGUGCUCAGGUCUUCGCACCUACUCCGCCGAUGCCCCAAACUCAAACCGCACCCCCGCCCGGAUACGGAUCACCACACCUCCCAGUUAUCACGCCCGCGACCCCCAAACAGUCAGCUGGUCCCCAGAUUCACCGACCACGUAACUCAUCCCAGCAGGGUUCGAUCCAGGGCUCACAAGGUUCUUCUCCGAAGACUCCAAACGUGGCCCCUCGUUUCGGAACGACUGCCUCCCCUAGUACGCCGAUCUCGCAGCAGCAGAACAUUACCGGCCCGGUUCCCAUCAAGGGAUUCCAGUUUCCUGGCUUUCCCCCAACGUCUCCCAUGCCGCAUCACAUUGGUCCGCCGCCCGGUGUGACUCCCCCUGACGGUGGCUUCAACAUGCCUCCGAUGGGCUUGAACGGACCGAAUCCGAUGCAACCCUUCUUGACCGGCAUGCCCCAGCGUCAAAAUGGAAUUCCCAUGUUUACCGGACAGAUGCCGUUGGGAAGCCCGCAAUACCGAGGAUUUGCCACACCGAAUGGAAUCCCCAUGCAGAUUCCGCCUGCGCCGGGAAUGCGACCUAUGGUGAACCAAGGCCGUGGAAUGUUCAUGGGCGAUAUGUCACAUCAGCUUCCACCGGGAGUCCCGCUUCCACCGCCUGGAUCACCGUUCGGCACUCGGGUCGAACCUGUUCCCAUGAGCGGUCACUCGAGAAUACCGUCCGGAUCCUUUGAAGUUGUCCACAGGCCCACUCCAAUCCAGAGACCUUCGAGCGUGGCACCCCAUAGGAAUGGAGACGAUCAAGUGGACGAACUCUCCAAGGUGAUGGGUAGCCGUGCACUCCUGGAAGAUGACGAGGAUCCACUGCCCGAGAAUAUGUCACCGAGCAGGAGGGUUAGCGGUCCCCAGUUUGUUCCAAGGCCUAGAAACGUUGCUUCCCCCUCGAUCUUCGGAGACAGCCUCGGCGGUUUCAAUGAUUAUGGAGCCUCCUGGUCGAAUCCAUUGCCUCUGGGUGGCAGCUUAUCUGGUUCUCUGCCUAGUGCGUGGGCAAACAAAGCAGGCUGGUCGGACAUUGAUGCGGGUGCAUUCAACCGUCGACGGAUCACGAGGAUAGAUCAGAUCCGCAUGUUGGCGUGUCAAAAGUUCCGCGAUCUUAGUGGACCCAACAACCAGCCUGUGGAGAUCUCUACGCUGCAGAGGGCUGUACAAGCCGUUGCGCCACCGGACUUACACUUCGUGCUGGACGAGCUCACCCAUACUCUCGACGUGGAGGGCGAUUCUCAGAACGGUGGAGGUAGUUUCGAUCAACGUGCCGAACAUGGCAGGAUACUCGUUUACUACGCUCCGGACGAGUAUGCUGAUCCCAACCACCACCACGGUCCUAUCCGUGCGGGAGAGAUUGGCAGUCCGAGUACGGCGGGAGCCGUGCCUUUCAAGACUCCGUUAGGAGGACCACCCGGGAUGACUUCAAGUCCUGCUGGGUUUUAAUGCGGUGUUAAGGGUGGUGUCUUUUUAGUAAUUCUACUGCUCUGCUUCCACACAAGUAUCUUUUUUUUUUCUUUCGGGGAGCUGUGGAGAGGAAUCUGGGUGGUUUGUAGGGUGGGGUCUGGUUUUUUUUUUCUUUUCUUCUCGUAUGAUUGUCGACUGGGCAUUGGGUCUUUGUUACUGUGUGCAUUUACAUAGCUUCGAAAACCAUUUGUACUUUUGCUUGGCUCGUCAGAUGGAUCGUUCACACCAUAGUUAGGUGGUGAGGGAGAUGGAUUGAUGGGUGGCCGCGAGACGAGCGAACUGGAUGUGGAAAUG